AUGGCAUCUUACCUAACUGAUAGAUAUCAAUGCGUGAAGUACCUUCAACAUCAAUCCGAAAAAAUGUUGGUCCCGUCCGGCGUCCCACAGGGCUCUGUUCUAGGUCCGCUACUUUUCGAUGUCUACAUCAACGAUGUUAUUAAAAACAUUAGUUCUCAAGUUUUAAUUUACGCAGACGACCUAAAAAUCUUUCGUCAUAUUAUUAAUGUUGAAGACUGUCAAAUUCUACAGGAAGAUAUUCACACUUUUGAAAACUGGAGUAAAUCCAACACGUUACCUAUAAAUUUUGGUAAAUGUUUCAUUAUGUCUCUAACAAAUAAAAGUUGUAAGCUUAGUUUCAAUUACACUAUUAACUUGAAUAUCUUAUCAAGAGUGGAUUCCUUCAGAGAUCUUGGAAUAAUGUUUGAUUCUAAACUCACGUUUUCUCUACAUAUUAGUAAUAUAAUUGCUGAAGCGUUUAAAUCCCUUGGGUUUAUCAUCAGAUCGUCCAGUUCUUUCAAUAACAUCAUUACUUUUAAUACGUUAUAUUGUGCUUUCGUAAGAUCAAAACUUGAAUACGCCAGUAUUGUAUGGGCUCCGUCAGCUCAAUUUUACAUUCAAUCUAUAGAAAAAAUCCAGAGGCGUUUUCUCAAGUUUUUAGCAUUCAAAAUAGACGCUAAUCUUCCUCCUAGAGGCCUACCCCAAUCUGACCUGUUGAUCAGAUUUGGAUAUAACGACUUAAAGACUAGACAAAUUCUCCAAGUACCAAGUACCAAGUACCUAAAUAUAAAAGAUUAUUGCCGGAGGACUGCGCUCCACAUAGUGUGUGAGAAGGGGUUCCAGAGUAUUGCUAAGGCGCUGAUAAUAAGAGCUGGGGCUGAGGUUAAUGGCAGAGACUUGAACGGGGAGACGCCUCUGCAUUUGGCGUGUCGGAAUAAACAAGUGGAGUGUGCUACGAUCUUGAUAAAAUGUGGAACCGUCGAUCCCAAAACGACUGAUAUUUCAGGAAAUACAGCCUUGCAUUUGGCUUGUCGACAAGGACUUGGUGCGACUGUCAGACUUUUGCUGAAUACGUACGUCGACGUGGGUGCCAAAAACAUUGAAGGGUGGACACCUUUGCAUCUAGCCUGUAUGAAAAACCAACUCGAAAUCGUACGUCUUUUGGAGGCAAUUGGAGCUUCCGUACACGAUGUUAAUUUGACUGUGAAAACCUCUCUUCAUGCUGCUUGUAUGGGGGGCGACGUUGAGAUAAUAACUUUUUUGAUAGAGAAAGGGGUUUUUGUGGAUAGUAGAGACAUUGAAGGCAAGACUCCACUACACUACUGCGCGAGCUUAGGCCACUACGAAGCGACGGAACGGUUGAUAGAGUUUGGUGCCCAAGUGAACGCUGCAGACUACUUUAACAACACACCGCUACAUAGCGUCUGUAAAUCCGGGAAUCUGCUGAUAUUAACUCUGCUUCUUGAUAGUGGGGCAGUGUUGGAUGUUUUUGGGACGUUGGGCAAGACACCCUUACAUCUAGCCUGUGAAAAUGGGUUCCACAGGGGUGUGCAAUCUUUGGUCGCAUCUGGUGCAAAUAUGUACGUGUUGGACGCAAACGGACGAACACCUCUAGAGGUGUCAACUACUAGGGAAAUAGUCGAGUUUUUACGCAAUGAAAUUGUUAUAGAAUGUGGUAUUCCGCCGAUAUUUAAUGAAACGCAGACAAAUUAG